AUGGCUUCGUAUAGUAUUGUUGAAAUUCCUACCAAACCAUACCAAGAUCAAAGACCAGGUACGUCUGGUUUAAGGAAAAAAACUGCCAUCUUCGAGAAAGAACCCAAUUACACGGAGAAUUUCAUCCAAGCUAUCAUGGAAGCCAUCCCAGAAGGCUGCAAAGGUGCUACUCUAGUCGUUGGUGGUGAUGGCCGUUAUUACAAUGAUGCCAUUUUACACAAUAUUGCUGCCAUUGGCGCAGCCAAUGGGGUCAAGAAGUUGAUUGUGGGUCAAAACGGUUUAUUAUCAACUCCCGCAGCUUCUCAUAUUAUCAGGACCUAUGCUCCAGGUGAGAUCACUGGUGGUAUCAUCCUAACUGCAUCUCAUAAUCCAGGUGGCCCAAAGAAUGAUAUGGGUAUUAAAUAUAAUAUUCAAAACGGUGCCCCAGCUCCAGAACCUGUCACAGAAGCUAUUUGGGAAGCUUCCAAGAAAUUACAAAACUAUAAGAUCAUCAAGGAUUUCCCCGAACUGGAAUUGAAAACUUUGGGUAAGAACAAGCAAUAUGGUCCAUUAUUAGUGGACGUCAUCGAUACUUGUGAAGCAUAUGUUCAAUUUAUCAAAGAAAUCUUCGAUUUCCCAUUGAUCAAGAAAUUCGUAGAUACUCAAAGAAAGACCAAGAAUUGGAAAUUAUUAUUCGAUGGUAUGAAUGGUGUCACUGGUCCCUAUGGUAAGGCAAUUUUUGUCGACGAAUUGGGCUUACCUGCCGAUGAAGUAUUAAAGGAUUGGCACCCAUCUCCAGAUUUCGGUGGCCAUCACCCAGAUCCAAACUUAACUUAUGCCAAAUCAUUGGUCGAUAGAGUUGAUAAAGAAAAAAUCGAGUUUGGUGCUGCUUCAGAUGGUGACGGUGACAGAAAUAUGAUUUACGGGUAUGGUCCUGCUUUUGUCUCCCCCGGUGAUUCUGUGGCUAUUAUUGCUGAAUAUGCUUCUGAUAUCCCAUAUUUCAAGAAAAACGGUAUUUAUGGGCUAGCUCGUUCUUUCCCCACCGCAAGUUCCAUCGAUCGUGUUGCCAAGGCUCACGGUUUGAAAGCAUACGAAGUACCAACUGGCUGGAAAUUCUUCUGUAAAUUAUUUGAUUCCAAAAAGGUCUCCAUUUGUGGUGAAGAAUCAUUUGGUACGGGUUCUAACCAUGUUAGAGAAAAAGAUGGUGUUUGGGCCAUUAUUGCUUGGUUAAAUAUCUUGGCCAUCUAUAACCAGAAGAAUCCAGAAAAGGAAGCUUCUAUCAAGACUAUUCAAGAUGAAUUCUGGUUGAAGUAUGGACGUACAUUCUUCACUCGUUAUGAUUAUGAAAAAGUAGAAUCCCAAAAGGCAAAUCAAAUCGUGGCUAAAUUGAGAAAGUUUGUAUUGGAUCCCUCCAAUAAAGGUAAACCAUUCCCAACAAAUAAAGAUUGGAUCAUUACUGAAUCCGGUGAUUUCUCCUACACAGAUCUCGACGGUACUGUCUCUUCUCAUCAAGGCUGUUACAUCAAAUUAUCAAACGGUGCUAGAAUGGUCCUCAGAUUAUCUGGUACAGGGUCUGCAGGUGCUACUAUCAGAUUAUACAUUGAACAAUAUACAGAUGAUAAGACUAAAUACGGCUUGAGCGCAGAGCAGCAUUUGAAACCAAUCAUCAAUGACGUCGUCAAAUUCCUAGAAUUCAAGGAAAUCUUGGGUACUGAAGAACCAACUGUCAAGACUUAG